CAUACACAAAACUUGACCACUUUGCUCUUUAAUUUCUUUUAUGACAAAAACGCGGUAAUCUUCUGCUGUUAAAUUAUCUUUCGUUUGUAAUAAUUAAUUGUACAAGUUGUAACGAUUAUUUUCUCUCUCCUCCUAAAUCUUAAUUUUGGUUGUUCUCUCUUCCGCCAUUGUCAACCAGUACACAAUUCCGCUGCAUUUCAGACUCAAUUUUAGGUUUUGUUUUGAAUCAAGUUUGUUGCGGAUUGGAAGGACAUGGGAGAGCAUUUGGUGUUGUAUGUAGAUCAAUUGGUGAAGCCUUCGAGUACGUUAGAGUCUGAGGCUGCGUCUUCAUCAUCGUCGUCAAAUUCCGCUUUAGACGAGAAAGAAGAAAGAAAUGAAGAUGUGUCAAUAGAAGCAGGUGAAGAUGAACCUCUUAUUCAAAUUUUCGAAUGUCGAAUCUGUCAGGAAGAAGACAGUGUUUCUAGCUUGGAAGUUCCCUGUGGUUGUAGUGGCAGCUUGAAGUAUGCUCACAGAAAAUGUGUUCAACGUUGGUGCAAUGAGAAAGGAAACGUAAUGUGUGAAAUAUGCCAUAAGAUUUACCAAGGUGGUUAUACUGCUCCUCCACCACCGCCCCCAUCCGAAGAUGCUACAAUUGAUAUUGGUGGAGGAUGGACAAUAUCGGGCACUCCUUUGGACUUGCAUGAUCCUCGUAUUUUAGCAAUAGCUGAGGCUGAGCGACAGUUUCUGGAAGCUGAGUAUGAUGACUAUGCUGCAAGUAGUGCUAGUGGAGCCGCUUUUUGCCGUUCUGCCGCAUUAAUCUUGAUGGCACUUCUGCUUUUAAGGCAUGCAUGGACUGUACCAGAUUCUGAUGAUGAAGAUGAUAUGUCAGCUUUUUUCUCGCUUUUCUUACUCAGGGCUGCUGGGUUUCUUUUGCCUUGUUACAUUAUGGCUUGGGCCAUCAGUAUUUUGCAGCGUAGAAGGCAACGCCAGGAAGCUGCGGCAUUGGCAGCUACCCAAGUUGCUUUCGUGCUGCAAUCAGGUCAGCGUAGGGGUUUACAGUUUAUGAUAGCUCCACGUUCUUCUACAACAGCAGCACACGAAGCUGUUUAGUAUUUUGCUAUACACACAAGCCAUCGUUGGGUAAAAAAUGGUGAUUACACCCACCUAGUCAUGUUUUAUAGUGUUCUAUUAUCGAUCUUUAACAUUUUAUUCCACCAUUAUUUGUGAUUAUCUGCUAGUCUACAAUAUUCAGAAGCCCGAUAUUCUUUGUAAGAGCGUUUGUGGUUAACGGUUAUCCUGCUUGAUGCUGUAUAUAAAGGUCUACUUUUGAGCUGCUAAGGAAACUCAAGCGUUUUACAUGCAUUUUCCACUCGGUCCCUUCGCGAUUUUCAUCUUAGCAACGUGGUGCAUGUAGUCACGACUCCGCCCAAAUCGUAUAGUAUUAUACCAAUCAGGCAUCAGCCAACAAAUUCGGCUGCCAAUGACUUUGUGAACUUCAUCGUUGGUGUCUUAAAACGUGUAUCACUUUUCUCGAAAAGCUAUCACAAUUCACAGCUAAUGGUGAAGUGAUGCAAGUAUAUCAUUAUUAUUGUUGGGAACCUUUAAAAAAUAAGCAUAGGUUAGCAUUGAUGCUCAACAAAGGGUGACUGGGUGAGUGCUUAAAAUUUCAUAUUACAAAUUUACAUGUUCUGUUUCUUAUCUUUGGUGUUGAUACCUCCAAUAUGGAUCAAAUUAUGAUAAUUAAAAGGUAAAGCUGGCACAGAAUAUAUUCUACCUUAUU